UGCAUGAAAUAACCCUGUGCAUUAUUAUUUUUCCUCAGCAGUGGAUUGCAGAUGAUAUAAAUAGCUUGUGUGGUGCUGUGGGGGAUUAAUGAGGCAUUUCUGAAGAAGCAGAGGAUUCCUGCUACCAAUGAUGCAUUUGCCUUGGCUCUUUUAUCGGGCACAGAGCUUGUGUGAUGUAGCGCCCAGCAUCGCUCAGUUUUCAAUAACCCGCUGCCAUGCUUGAAAAAAAGUUGCAGUUUCCUGCAAAAUAUGUGCCGGUUGCCCAGCUAGCACAAAGGCGAGCCCAUCUUCCAAGUAUAGCUACACGACAGAGGAAGGACAGCCUGAGAAGAGAAAAGCAGGGCAGAUACACUUUUGGACUUGGGUUUCACGGCUGGAGGCAAUGGACAAGGAAGCUGGAGUCAUCAUCACACAGAAAGGGAGAGAAGCAAUGAUGUUUGAAAAGACUGCUUUUGACAGCUUCACCGUUUGCCGACUAUGAAAAUAAGACUUAAGUCUUAUUCCCACGAAAUCAUUUAUUUUCUUGUAAAUUAGGUUUGAGAUGUAUAGAAAAUUGACACUACGUGGCUUUUCAUCAGUUUCUCUGACUUGCUAAGAUGGCUGCGAUUUGUUGCUUCAGUUAGAACCUGAUGGAUAGUUUUCACCCUCACACCGUGCUCAGCAAGCUUAAUGAGCAGCGCUCACUCGGCCUUUUCUGUGAUGUGACUAUUGUAGUGGAGGAUGUGAAGUUUCGUGCCCACAAGAACAUCCUGGCAGCUUGCAGUGGCUACUUCAAGAAUGCUCUGUCAAAUGAGACAUGGAGUUCUAGCCGUGUGCUGGAACUGAUGGACCUGAAGUCUGACGUUUUUGCCUGCGUCCUCAAUUUUAUCUACUCCGCAAAGGUGACAUCGCCUUGUGUUGAGGACAAGAAGGAGCUAAUAGCAGCAGGGAAAAGACUUGGUAUUCCCUUUUUAGAGAAGCUCGCAGGGCAAGAGAAAAAGGACAAGAAUCAAUACCAACUGGACUGCGUUAAAUCCACAGACUGGAUCAGUAAAAAAACAAAGGAGGAAGUCACCAGACCUGAGGAGAUUGAUGGUUCAAGAGGCCCACGAAUCACCAAUGCCUUCUCCAUCACUGAGGUGUGUCCUGGGAACAAUCCAUUCACCCCACUAGGAGACGAGAAAGCGAGUCUCAGUAAAACAGCGGGCUCAAAGACGCAAACCUACAUCGCCAAACCUGUGUGCCCGGGCCCGUCUGCAGAUGGUCAAGCGAUACCAUUAUGCCAGAUAACGGUAAAAAUAGGUGACGAAGCCAUCAUCCGCCGCAGAAUCAAAGGGUCCAAGCUCUUCCCAAGAAGGAAAAAGAGAGAAACAAGAAAACUUGGGGAGAUGGAGAGCCAAAGUCAACUCCACCCGGACGGCAAGUUGGAGAGCCCCAGACUCCGCUUCAGACCAGACAUUUCAUGUUUAAUAUCCGAGACCCAUGAGGAUCCCAAUGAUUGUGACGUGGCUGAUGAGCUUUGGCGUCCCUACUAUUCUUACAAAGCUAAGAAGAAGAAAAAGAAGCGGAGAUUCAAGCACAGGCAAGCUUUGUUUCAUGAUUACAAUGAGACAGCUAGAACUGACACCGGUGCCACUGAGGCUCGAUUGGACAGUUGGCAGACAGGAGACAGUAUCUCAGGUGGGGAAGAUGUGAAACGUAGUCUUCACAGAAGUUGCAGCCCAAGGACAAGCUACAAUUGUGACAUUUGCGACAGCUCUUUUAUCACUGAAACGGGUUUAAGAGCUCACAUUAUUGGUUCUCACCCAUAUUUCUGUCACACGUGUGGAAAACAGGGUCCCCCAGGGGAGACACCCAGUGGCAACGAUUACGUUUGCAACAGUUGUAUGGAAAAUGGCUCCUGCUUUGAUAAUUCAACCUCGAGCAGCAACCCAGAGAAGAAGUUCCGCUGUUCCUUCUGUCCCCAGCGGUUUCUCUACCUUGCCACCAAGAGGAGCCAUGAGAAAAAACACCAGGAGACAGCUGGAGAGAGCUACACCAGCCAACCAUGUUUGGAAUACUUUGAUAACUUGAGUAUGGACAACAAAAAAGACUGCAUCAAAACAGAGGAAGAUGACAAUCAAGAAAUUUCUGACAUGCAAUGUGAGGAAGGAGGACAUUUUCCCAUGAAGACGCCUAAAACUGAGGAUGAGUUAAUGACUUUGAGUCCACACCAGGACAUUACAUACACGCACAUUAAAAGUUCCUUAUCGCACCAGACUGAGACGCUGUUCACUUUGGCGUCGCCCUCAAAAAUGAAACAUAAAGUGAAAAAAAUAAUCAAUCCACCAGAUUCUUUUGAUCAAGCUUUCAAACCUCAAGCUCAAAAGAGAGAUGCCAGUGGACACAAGGACAGUUUGGAAGUAAACAGCGUAAUUGAUGGCCAGAUAUCCUGCAAACCAUCAACGAAGAAUGCAUCGGACAUGAGAGACGAUCCCGUCUCUCUUCACAAGCCAGAGAAAAGGAUGUGUAAAGACGAAACGUUUUUCUAA